AGCGAUGGCAAAGCCCAAAGGCGGCUCCGCCGCCGCGCCCACGCACGCCGCGCCGCCGCCGACGAAGCGGCUGCCGGCCGGCGCCAAGGCGACCGCUGGGCUGUGCGUCUUCAUCGCCGCGAUGGGCGUGGUGGCGCAGCAGGCCUACGACAUCCGCAUGUACGCCAUCCGCGACUACGGCUAUGUCAUCCACGAGUUUGACCCGUGGUUCAACUAUCGCGCGACCGAGUACCUCGCCGCCAACGGCUGGCACGCCUUCUUCCACUGGUUCGACUACAUGUCGUGGUACCCCCUCGGGCGCCCCGUCGGCACGACGAUCUACCCAGGCAUGCAGAUCACCGCCGUCGCCAUCUGGCGCGCGCUCGGCAAGCUCGGCUCCGCCAUCUCGCUGAACGACGUCUGCUGCCUGGUGCCUGCGUGGUUCGGCGUCUCCGCCUCGAUUCUGGUCGGGCUCUUCGCGGCGGAGUGCUCUGGCCGCAAGAGCGCCGGCGCUUUCGCCGCCCUCAUCAUGGCCAUCGUGCCAGCGCACAUCAUGCGCUCCGUCGCGGGUGGAUUCGACAACGAGUCCGUCGCCACCACCGCCCUCGUCGCAACCUUCUACUGCUGGGUGCGCGCGCUGCGGGACCGGCCGACCGCACGCGACGGCGAGGCGACUGCGGACAGCUACGCGUUCGGCGUCGUGUGCGGCCUCGCCUACGUCUACAUGGUUUCGGCGUGGGGCGGGUACGUGUUUGUGGUCAACAUGAUUGGGGCGCACGCCGCCGCUCUCGCCGCUGGCGGCCGCUACUCCUCCAAGCUCCACCGCGCCUACUCGCUUUUCUACGUCAUCGGCACUGCGGGCGCCACUCGGGUGCCUCCGGUCGGGCUCGCGCCGCUGCGGUCGCUCGAGCAGAUGCUGCCGCUCCUCGUCUUCCUGGGCGUGCAGCUGCUCGAGGCCGUCGAGGUCGAGAGGCGCAAGAAGCGCCUCACCCCCGCCCAGGUGUGGAAGCGGCGGGUGCAGCUGGCGAUGCCCGCCGCUGCUCUGCUCGUUGUGGCCACCGCCGCCAUCCUCCCGACCGGCUACUUCGGCCCGCUCUCGUCGCGUGUGCGCGGCCUCUUCCUCAAGCACACGCGCACGGGCAACCCGCUGGUCGACUCGGUGGCGGAGCACCAGCCGGGCUCGACGAUGAUGUACCGGCAGUACCUGCAAAACGUCUACCCGCUGGUCCCCUGCGGCUUCGCCCUCUCUCUCCUCCGACUCACCGACGCGAACACGUUCCUGCUCCUCUACGGCGCCAUCGCCUACUUCUUCGCCUCGAAGAUGGCGCGCCUCGUCAUCCUCCUCGGCCCGCCGGCCUCCGCCUUCGGCGGCGUCGCCCUCGGCUUCGGCUUUGACUUUCUGAUUGUCGACGCGCUGCUGCGGCUGCUCGGCUACGCGGCGGAGGAGGAGGAGCCCGGCGGGAAGAAGAGCCCCGGCCCCGCCCUCGACGUGGCUGCAAGGGAAGAGCCAAAGGAGGCGCUUAAGGACGCGCCACAGGGAGGCAACGGCGGUGCAGGCCUGCUGAAGAGCAAGCCCAAGCCGUCGCAGCUUGCGGCGGCGGCAAAGGCGCGGCGCGCGGAGAGCCGCCGCGCAGAGACCAACCCGUUCGGCGGGGUCGCCGCGGCGAGGGAGGAGGCGGCGGCGGCGGUGAUGGCGGUGGCCGAUUCUCCGGGCGGCGUCAAGACGCGGCUGUGUAUGGGGCUCGCUCUGGCCCUCGCGACAAUCUACGCAUACUACGACUUCCACGCCUACUGCCACCGUAUGGCGGAGGGGUCGUCGCGGCCGCAGAUCAUGUUCAAAGCGACGUACUCGAACGGGCAGACGGUGAUGGUGGACGACUACCGCGAGGCCUGGCUGGCGUACUGGUGGCUGCGCGACAAGACGCCGGAGGACGCGCGCGUGAUGGCCUGGUGGGACUACGGCUACCAGAUCACCGGCAUCGCCAAUCGCACCUCGGUCGCCGACGGGAACACGUGGAACCACGAGCACAUCGCGACGCUCGGACGGAUCCUCACGGCGCCGCAAGAGGAGGCGCACUCGUACGCGCGCCACCUCGCCGACUACGUGCUCGUCUGGGCGGGCGGCGGAGGCGACGACCUAGCAAAGUCGCCGCACCUGGCGCGGAUCGGCACCGCGGCCUUCCACGGCCGGUCGGAGUCUGUUUCUUUUGCGCCACGCAGCAAUUCGGUCUUCCACGGCCACUGCGGCAACGACCCCACCUGCAGCAACUUUGGUUUCUACCGCGACCGCUCGCCGACACCGAUGAUGGAGAAGUCGCUGCUGUACAAGCUCGUGCUCAACGGGCAGCGAGGCGUCGCCGUCAACUCGUCGUACUUUGAGCACGCCUACUCCUCCAAGCACGGCAAGGCGAGGAAUUCAUUAGUCCGCAUCUACAAAGUGAAGCGCGUCUCGCUCAAGUCGAAGCUGUGGGCGGCCGACCCGGCGAACCGCGUGUGCGAUGCGCCCGGCUCGUGGUACUGCGUCGGCCAGUACCCGCCCGCGCUGCAGGAGUUCAUCAACUCGCGCCGCAACUUCAAGCAGCUCGAGGACUUCAACGUCAAGCGCGACGCCGCCAGCCAAAAGUACCACGAAGAAUACAUGCGCCGCAUGGGCGGCGGCGCAGGGGGGAGGCCUGCCGAGAGCGCGGCCGCCGCCGCCGCCGCCGCCGAGUGA